UCGACAUCACCGACAUCUCCAUCUUUUGCCAAGUUAGCUACCUAUUCUUUUGUCUGGCAGCCAUGCUACAACUGAUACCUCUAUCCCAACGUGACGUCAAACCCCGACUCUAACUGAGCGAGAGCAGAGCAUGCUGUCUCCCCGCCGUCUGAUCUCGUCUCGUCCUCUGCCACCGAACCGAGUGCCCGCCGCCGCCCUGUUUCCCCGUGUUGCCCGAGUGCCAGGCCCGCUGCCCGCUGCCCGCUGUUCGUCCCCCGCGCCGUAAACGCGUGAACCGGUCCUUCGCAAACAUCCUUACCUACCAUACGCACACCACCCAACCAAUGUCUUGGGACUUGCUGCAGCGGUUUCUCGAGAGCGAUGUCUUUAACCAGAAUCCUUUCCUCUCGGUGUCGUACCUCUCACGAUAUGCCGACCACAUAGGCAUUCACUAUGUGUUGUGCAACAAGCUUCGCCAAUUUCCCUACGAGGACAUCGAGUUCUUCCUGCCGCAACUGUGCCAUCUUAUUAUAAGCGUCGACAAUGAGUCCAUGGCUCUGGAGGAAUUCCUCCUGGACCUAUGCGAGGAGUCGGUGACAGCAGCGCUCCUGACCUUUUGGUUGUUUCAAACUUACCUCCAUGACCUCUCAUCGAAUCCGCAAACCGAGGCUUUCAGUACUUGCCGCCGAGUCUACAACAAGGUGCAACACAUAGUGUUUGGGGUAUCAGACGUUAGAAGACAGGAAAAGAUUGUGGAAAAUGCACUGCCGGUGACUGUCUUGGGGAGCUUCGUGUUGGCGAGCAUUGCUUUGCCCAUGUUGCCUGGCUGGGCGGGACCCCUUGCUGUUGCGCAAGCGAGAAGACCACGCCCUGUUAUCGAAAGCAUCGCCGAGCCAGUCGCCGCUGCUCCUCAGAUUCAGAAUAAGAAUGUGCCUGCUAGAGCGCAUACUGUGACGGCCGGGAGUAGCAGGUCCAAACGCGCAAAGGAGAGUCGCAUAGCAAGCGCCCCAGACGUCAAGGUUCAGCCCACUUCCCAGAACAACUCGCCCAAAAAACACAGGACCAAACCGUCAAGACCCGGUACGUCUGGGAGCGUAGCAGAGGCACCAUUGCCAGAACCAAGCCGGCCUGCUCCAGUUGAAAGUCUGGAAAAUCUCAGCCUUGAAGCACGCAUCAGCUCGGCAUCCUUACCGCUACCUGAUUCUCGACCUCGUAUCGUUACCAGACCCACCACGCCCCUGACAGCUGGCCUACGACCGCACGACAUGUCUAGGAAACAUUCGCACAGCGUCAAGACCAUGCUGAACCAAGCUGAGAUGACCAAUGAGCAAAAAAUACGGCUCUUGAGACAAAACUACUUUCGCUGCCAGACAGCUUUCUUGACAGCAUUGGAGGAUAUCUCGAACCGCUUGGUGAUUGUGCCUAAGCCGGCUCGUCUGAGUGCUCUGCGCGCCGAGCUUGCCUUGAUCGCCAGGGACUUGCCUGCCGAGGUUGAUAUCCCAGUGUUGUGCCCGCCUACUCUAGUAGACGGCUCACCAUCGAAAAGCCGCCACCACAGAAUAGUCCGGUUGAACCCGGCCGAGGCAACAGUUCUUAACAGUGCUGAAAAAGUGCCGUAUCUACUCAUGGUGGAAAUUCUGAGGGACGAUUUUACCUUUGAUCCUGACACCCAGGAUAACCAGAGGCUGCUUACGACUCUACUGGCCGAGCAGGGGACGAGGAAAAGAAUAUUCGAUUUAUCUGAUGCCCCUAGCAUACCUGCCGUUUCCCGGACACCACCGGCCGAGCCAGUGGUGGAUAGCGUUUUCGAGCCAGCUUCUGGAGAUCUGGGGGCUUCGCCUAUGCUCAAGCCCUCAGAUGACGAUCUAUUUGGCCCUGUACCGCCAUUGCCAAGAACUCAGUCGCUCCGGGUUGGCAACCCAAAUAUCGCUGUUUCUGGGGCUGUAGACAACAAGACAACGCCUCGACACUCUAUCCACACUAGUAUCUCUGGGUCACCUAGUCCUCCGGCUAGAAGCCGUACUUUGACUAUCAGCAACCCGCGAAACAACUCUGUCGAUCAGCCUGACUUUUCGGCACUGGCUAUUCAUAUGCGAACGGCAUCUCAGAUGCUGGCCCAGCUGGACGCAACCAGCGGGAAGCGUCCAAAACAAGAAGUAGCGGCCAUCCGCGCCAAGAUCAUUGCAAGCAUGCAGAGUCUGGAGGAGCAGAGCUUUGAUCUGGAUGACGGCCAUGGACCAACGUUUGACACCAUCAUAGCCAAGGGCGAGGUGGGCUCCGCUGCUGCGACCAGCAAUAAUAACGCCAAUGGAACAACAGACAUGGAAAACGAAGGCAGUGCCGGCCCUGAACCAGCAAAUAUCAACGCCAAUGCCGGUAUUGACAGGAUGGAAAAUGACAUCAAGACGGGUGGUCUUCAGCGCAAGGGUGACCGUGACGAUCCCAGCGCGGCGGUCUUUGGAGAGGCGUGGGAGGUGAAGAAGGAGCGGAUCCGCAAGUCUUCGCCGUACGGAUGGAUGAAGAACUGGGACCUUAUGAGCGUCAUUAUCAAGACAGGCUCUGACUUGAGGCAGGAGGCGUUUGCGUGCCAGUUGAUUCGAGUCUGCCACAAGAUCUGGGUGGAUGCUGGGGUGCCGGUGUGGGUGAAGCUCAUGCGGAUCCUGGUGACGGGAGAAUCAUCUGGCUUGAUCGAGACGAUUGCCAACGGCGUAUCCCUUCACUCCAUCAAGCGCAGCCUGACGAUGGCGUCGAUCGAGUCGGGGCAGAACCCAAGGAGGAGGAUCGCCACGCUCAAGGACCAUUUCGUGAAAGUGUUUGGCAAGCCUGACAGCGAGGGGUACAAGGCUGGCGUGGACGCUUUCAAGAGAUCGCUGGCGGCGUACAGCGUUAUUUCUUAUGUGCUCCAGCUCAAGGACAGGCACAACGGGAACGUGCUGAUUGACAACGAGGGGCACAUUAUUCACAUCGACUUUGGGUUCAUGCUGUCGAACUCACCGGGGUCGGUUGGGUUUGAGGCGGCGCCGUUCAAGUUUACGUAUGAGUAUGUGGAUGUGCUGGGGGGUGUUGGGUCGGCUGAUUAUGAGGAUUUUAAGAAGCUUUGCAAGCAGGCUUUUCAGGCUCUUCGACGAUCAGCGGAUAAUAUCAUCGACCUGGUCAGCAUGAUGGGGCGGGAGAGCAAGAUGCCUUGUUAUGGAGCGGGCGUCACGCAGGUCACGGCAGCAUUGAGGCAGAGGUUUCAGCUGCAGCUGAGCGCGGAUGAGGCGGAGCAGUUUGUUGAGACGGAUUUGAUUGGGAAGUCGUUGGGGAGUUAUUACACAAGGCUUUAUGAUACCUUUCAAUAUAGAACACAGGGAAUCUACUGAGCGGGCGAGGUAGAGUAAGGACAAUGACAAGACAGGUGGGUGGGGGAGUGCAGAGGGGGUUAAUAGGAGCGUGGUUUUUUUUCUCUUUUUUACAAGAUGGUUUCUGGUGUUGGGUGGGGGGAGGCGGUCACACAAAGACACACAUAUUUUUACAAACAAAAAGCAAGGAAGCAGCACAGCCAGCAUAUCUUGGACGGCGUUUUUUAUUUUCAUAUAAAAGGGAUGAUGACUGUUUGAUUGUAGAUAUGGGGAAAGGGGGCGUGAUGUAUUUGAAAAGUUGGAAAGUUUGGCGGUUAUACGUGGCAAGAUUCCCAUGGUUUUUUCGGUGUUGGAAGAUGGGGGUUAAAGGUUGUUAAAGGGGAUGGGGGCUGUGGAUAUAGAUAGUUGUGAUGGGUAGUUGGUGUUAAUGAAUGAGAAGAAGGGAUGUUGACGCCGA